AUGCCAAUCGAUAAAAUAGAUAAUCUAAGUCGAAAAAUAGCUUUUAUUGCAGUUAUUUUUGGAGUAAUAGCUUUAGUAUUUGUUUGUGUUGGUAUUAGUACACCAAAUUGGGAAUCAUCUUAUACAAAUACAGGUGUUGCAUCAUAUUCUUUAUCAGGUACGGCAAAUUUUUUCUACACUUGCCAUUUUAUCAAUGGUUCAUACAAUAAUUGCACAACUCGUACGGGUAAUCUUAUUGGUUAUCCAAGAUAUUCAUCAUCAUAUUCAUGGAUGACUGAUUAUUAUGUACGUAUACAAAAUGCAGCUGGUUUAUGUAUUGUUGGUAUUCUCUUUCUCGGUUUUGGUACAAUAAUGACAUUAAUUAUGGCAAUUAUUCCAUUAUCAACAUGGAUUAAUUUAAUUCCAUCUAUAUCAUUAUUUUUUGCUUGUUUAUUUAUGCUUGCUGGUAUGGCUGAAGGUUCACGUUAUUUAUUGUAUAAUAAUUAUUCAGCUAAUUUGUAUCAAACAGGUCAUCUAUUUACUAUGUUGACUUUAUUUUUAACUGCUUUUACUACAGGUCGUAUUCAUUUUUCUCGUAUGAAAGAAAAAGCAGUUAAUACUAUUGCUCGUAAAUAA